UGACGCCUGGAAGGCAGCUUGAUGGUUUAGUCCCGUAGAAUGUCACAAUGUCAAAUAUUCAGACUUGAAACUUGAGAAUGCCGAGGCCGACAUGAUCACUAAUUACCGAUGUAGACGUGUGCGCAGUCCACAUUAAAACGAUGGCGUUUCAUUCUUAACGGCACACUAACGCCUCUGCGUUUCAUCUCUGAUGGUUUAGCUACCGCUAAAGUUGGCACGGGAGACGCCGCUGCGAGAAGUGGCAGCGGACGCUGGGGGAGAGGGGCACAGCAUGGACGACGCACACAUUUGUCAUGUUGGGAACGUACCAAUCUCUGCAACAAACAAGGCAGGACAUGAAAUGAGAAUGAAAUGAAAGCACCUCACUUUCCGGCAUGAGGCAGGAAGAAGUACGACUGAGGCCCUGUCCACAAGCAUUAUUAUUAUUUUGGACAAAUAACAGCGGUGCCUUGGUUAACUGAUCACUAAGCCUUUCCAGAAGGGCCAACCAAUUCCUCUGUUCCAGACCGCCAGAAAUAUUACGACAUAAUAGAUUCCAACUAUGGUUACAGAUGACACAUGAAUGUAUGAGUGAACAUUUAACCUGAGUCUGCCCCGCUAGCCUGCUAUUGCACAACAAUUUGGCUUAAGAGUUGACACCGCCUGAUUUACUUUGAGCUGCUAAAAGCAAGGCUGUCUAAAUUGAUUCUAAAUGUUCUUUUUGAGUUCAUUAUAAGACACUUUUAAGCCAAUUUAUCCUCUACAUUUGUAUUGUAAUUGAUUUUAAGCUGAUGCAAAUAAACGAUAUUGGAGAAGAAAGAAAGCCCUCACCCUGACUGCCGUGUGACUGUUUGCCACUUUGAGCAGUGAUUGAGGAAGUGAUGUGACAGACUCCCCUAACUGGUGACAAUGGUCAGUGACUGUCAUCCCUUCUUCCAAGGAGGACGUUGCCUCAGGUGUCCGAGACAUCCAUCAAACCUUCUGACCUGCUCAUAGCAAAGAUGAGCUGGAGCGCUGGUACGCAGUGCAUCGCCAAGGGAGACCGCAGGAAGCCCAAACCUGGGGAGUUGGCGUACAAAAAAGGAGACAUCCUCACCAUUGUUGACACCAGCAUCAUCAGUAAGGGACGCUACAAAGCCAGACACAACUCCACCGGAGACGAGGGUAUCAUACACGGGGCCAGCGUGCGUGAAAGAGGAGUGUGUGUGGAUCCCAGCCUCAGCUUCAUGCCAUGGUUUCACGGGAAGAUCUCGGGCCACGAUGCGGUCUGCAAGCUACAGCCGGCGCAGGACGGCCUGUUCCUGGUGCGGGAGUCCAUCCGACACCCCGGCGACUACGUGCUGUGCUUGAGCGUGCGCGGAGAGGUCGUCCACUACCGAGUGAUGCAUCAGGGCAACACGCUGACCAUUGACGGCAAGCAGCACUUCUGCAACCUCAUUAACAUGAUAGAGUUCUACUCUCACAACAAGGGCUCCAUUGCCCAAACACUCCUGAAAUCCAAACCAAAACACGGAACCAAGUCAGCUGAGACCGAGUUGUCCAAAGCUGGAUGGCUGCUGGACAUCGCUAACCUCACACUGGGAAGCAACAUCGGAGAAGGGGAGUUUGGAGCUGUCUUUGAAGGCCACUAUUUGGGCCAGAAGGUGGCAGUCAAGACCAUUAAGUGUGACGUGACAGCGCAGGCCGUCCUGCAAGAGACCGCCGUGAUGACGAAGUUACAGCACAAAAACUUGGUGGGCUUGUUGGGUGUCAUCCUGCACAAAGGCCUCCUCAUCAUCACAGAGCUCAUGACGAAGGGAAACCUGGCCAACUUUCUUCGUACAAGAGGCCGAUCAGCCUUGGGCUUGGUCCAGCUGCUUGGCUUUGCACUUGACGUGUGUGAUGGAAUGGAGUACCUGGAGUCCAAGAAGCUGGUGCACAGAGACUUGGCCGCUCGCAACAUCCUGGUCUCUGACGACAUGGUGGCCAAGGUCAGCGACUUUGGGCUGACUCAGGCGACUUCCAAGGUGUCCGAUAACCAACGCGUCAAACUGCCUGUCAGAUGGAGCGCCCCUGAAGCUCUGUGGAAGGAGAAAUUCUCCACAAAGUCAGAUGUCUGGAGUUAUGGCGUUCUUCUGUGGGAAAUCUUCUCCUAUGGUCGUCAACCAUACCCAAAGAUGUCUCUAAAGGAGGUGAAAGAGCGAGUGGAGAGCGGCUACCGCAUGGAGGCCCCGACCCACUGCCCCCCCGCUCUUUACGCCCUGAUGAUGGCUUGCUGGGACCAGGAGCCUCGCAAAAGACCUGCUUUUCACAAAGUGAGGGAGAAAGUGGAACAAGAGAUGCGUAAACAUAAUACGGCUGCUGGGUGGGAUCAGGACACAACGCUUCCUCCACAAUAACUACAGUAAUCAGAUACGUAAUAAAUAUUUAUUACAUGUACUUGCUACAAAUGUAACAAUGUAUGUUUUUAUAAACCAUAUUAUUGACAGUAUUUAUUAUUCUCUUGUUGUAUUCAUGUCUGUCCCUCUAUCAUCCAGCACAACACUUUUGGAGGUUAAAUAAAAGGCAAAUAUAGUAAAGAAACAAAAAAGUGUUUUUUUACAAAAAGAAAUCUCUGACAAAUUUUAUAUAAUAGGGCAAAAGCAUGGCAAAUGUGCAAAAGCAGGGGCAAAAAUACUAGCCUACUACUACUAGUAGUAGUUCUAUUGAUUUAGUGGCUAAACUUUUUAGCUUUCUAUUGUUUUAGUAGCUAACCUUUUUAGCUUUCUAUUGUUUUAGUAGCUAACCUUUUUAUUGUUCUAUCAUUUUAGUAGCUAACCUUUUAAGAGUUCUAUUGUUUUAGUGGCUAACCUUUUUAGCGUUCUA